ACGAAACUUUUCUGACCACACUAAUUGAAGUGUCAGGUGGCAUUGACACCGUCACUUCUGCGGCUUUGAAGUAUAUCAAGAGCAUACGGUCGAUGGCUAGGGAUCCUGAUGAAGCGGCUUUCAAGCUCAAGCUGCUUGUACCAAUGUUGGCGUGCUGUGUUACAUUUAUCUUAUCGUCGAGCAUGCAAAAUCCUGCGAUACGAGAAUCAUACAUCCUCCGGCGAGGGAAGUUGGACGUCGAUCCAUCGCUCAACUUCUAUAUACCUCGCCUCUCUCCUUGAAAGUGCCGACGACCCUGUUUCAGCACUCCAUCAAGCCCUUUGCGCAAGCGCCCUCGAAACCAUAGUGGAUAUAAGUCAUUCCGGAUGCAUGGAGGAUGAGGACCCGGCAGAUCUUUUUAACAUCACCGAGGCAUUUUUUUGGAUCUUAUAUAAAUACAUUCCUCACGACAAAAUACUGUCUUACGUCUCUAAACAUGUGGACGCCUGGUCUGAUGAUCUCGGCCCAACCGUGAGACAAAACAAACGCCUCUGGGAUGUCUGGUACAAAGUGGAGCAGACAAUACGGUCGUAUGGGGCACUUAGGUCCUGGGCAGAAACGACAUGGUGGCCAUCACCAAGUGAAAAGGGCUGUUUUCUACAAUGUUCCUGCGGUCGUAAUGCGGAACUUGAAGACAUUCGUCUCAGGCAAUGUGCGGGAUGUCAGGUUGUACGGUACUGCUCAAAGCAGUGCCAGCGUGAUUCCUGGUAUAGUCACCAUAGGUUGAGUUGUACAUUUCUGAAGGCAGUCAUCGGCUCAUCGACACCACACCACGUGAAACGUAGCCUGCGUCUGUUGGCCGCUCUAGAAGUGGACCAUAUGCGGCGCAAGUGGGACAAUAUUCUGAGAUUAGUCUUCGCUGCACAGUGUGAACACCCGAAUGAUCAGGAACGACUCGUGCUCGAGCUCGCUCUUGAUCAGGACGAAGAAUCAGUUCGACCUCUUCGACACUACCUCUUCCUGUUCAAUGGUCUCUCUGAAAAUGAGGUCGAAGACCGCUUAUUGUCAUGGCCGGAUCCAACGGACCAUCUUCAAGGAUUAUUCCUUUGUUCGGUCAUCACGAUAAUUGAUCGAUAUUCGUCCCAGACACGGCAAAUUUUAUUCAGUCCAUGUAUUGCAUUAGAUAUGGAGAUAGAGCCGGAAAAGCUCAACGGUAACUCUGAGGCGGACAUUCAGGCUGUGUGAAUUCCUGUACAUUGUUUGGUGGGUCUAGCUUGCGCUUGUUCCUUGAUCCAUAGAAGCACUGGCCGCCGCCAGGACACUACUCGAUUUUUCCACAUGUUGAAAACUUCUUUAGGCCUACGAUAGUUGGGGUAGGAGCACGUCAUGUAUUGAAAUAGAUAAUUGAACAUCGCAUUCAACCAUCGAUAUA